AUGCGCCUAAAUAUUUUUUUCUCCGUCAAAUAUGCUCUCCAUCUCUCCUUCUCUGCAUCUUUGGCAAGGGCCUUUGGCUCCGCUAAGAACAUGUUAUCCGCUUCCCUUGAUUGCAAAGAAACUUUAAUGGACAAGCACCCAACAGCAAAGGAAAACUUGGAGGAAUUGGAGAAACUAGGGUGCACGAUUCUAAAUGAAGUAGCCUGCCACACCAUGACCAACCAUCCUUCUCUCGAGGAUAUGAAGUUUGAUAGAAUAAUCUUCAAUUUUCCACAUGCAGGCUACCAUUAUCUUUACGGACGGGAAAGUGAACAAGGCCAAAUCGAGCUUCACCAAGAGGUAGUGAAGGGCUUCCUUUCAAGUGCACGUGACAUGCUUACAAGCAAAGGGGAGGUUCACGUGACCCACAAGACAAGUUACCCUUUCUAUUUGUGGGAGGUGGAGAAACUAGCCGAAGAAGUUGGACUGAAUUUGACUGAAGAAGUAGAAUUUGAAUUACUAGAUUAUCCGGGUUAUGAGAAUAAGAGAGGAGACAAAGGCAGUAGCAAUGACUCUUUUCCUGUUGGAAGGUGCAGUACUUUCAAGUUCAAACUCCCAAUUCAUACUUGA